UUUGAUGAUAUUCUGUUGUAAGUAAGAAUUAUAAACUCUCUCUAAUGGCUACUACGAUGUCAUCAAAGAUCAAAUUGGCAUCAAAAAGUUGCAAUUUUAAUCUCUUCAAAUACCUUAGUUUUUCAGGAGUAGUUCUCUAUUUGUUCUAUCUAUUCCUUUUUGCCAAUACCCAUAUUCGGCAGCCUGAUUCUCAUCUCUCGAGUCAUUAUCAGAAUCAUCAAGUUCCUCCAACCAACAUUACCCAUCUGGUUUUCGGUUUGAUCGGUUCUCUCAAGGCCUGGAAACACCGCCAUGCCUACAUUGAGACCUGGUGGCGACCCAAUGUCACCCGAGGCUAUCUCUUCCUGGACUCUGCCCCAACCGGAGCCGCCUCGGCCUGGCCUGAUUCCUUCCCCCCACUUCGAGUCUCAGAUAACAUCUCAACCCUUAUAAAGGAAUCAGGCCAUGUGGCCCCGAUCAUGGCCCGAAUGGUUCAUGGGAUUUUGGAAACGGUUCGGGAAGGGGAUGAUGGUGUGAGGUGGUAUGUAAUGGGGGAUGAUGACUCUGUUUUCUUUGUGGAGAAUUGGGUUAAGGUUUUGGCUAAGUAUGAUCAUACCAGGUUCAUGUAUAUUGGUGGGCAUUCUGAGAAUUUGAUGUCCAACUAUUGGUUCUCGUUUGAUCAGGGUUUUGGUGGUGCCGGGUUCGCGUUAAGCCAGCCAUUGGCGGCUGCUUUGGUGAAGAACUUGGAAGGGUGUUUAAGGAGACACCCACAUUUGAAAUCUGCUGAUUUCAUUACUCAAUAUUGUGUUGAUGAAUUGGGUGUUUCUCUCACGCCUGAAAAAGGGAUUCAUCAGAUAGAUUUGAGAGGAGACAUAUCAGGUUUUCUCUCCUGCCACCCACAAUCUCCACUCCUUUCACUCCACCACCUUGAUAUUGUUAAUCCAAUUUUCCCGACCAAGGACAGAUUCAAAUCUGCCGCCCAUAUUAUGUCGGCUGCCAACGUCGACUCCUCCCGCAUCCUCCAACAGACCAUUUGCUACCAUCGUGACUAUAACUGGUCAUGGACAUUCUCUGUUUCAUGGGGCUAUUCGGUCUAUGUUUACGAGACAACCCAUCCCAGGACUCUCCUUAAACGACCUCUAGAGACAUUCUAUCCGUGGGCACGUAACGCUGGACCUGCCCAAUACAUAUUCAACCCGCGGUGGCCUCCGGUCACCGAUGGCUGCCGAACCCCUCACGUUUUCUUCUUCGACUCCGUUCAAAAGUCGACGGAGAAUAUCAGGACGGAGUAUGUUCGGGUAUUGGAUAGGAACUUGACGACAUGUUCUUUAGGUAAACAUUCGGCUGAUUCUAUACAAAGAAUUAAGGUUGUCUCUCCCAUGACAGAGCUCAUUCAGUACGAUAGAAGUGAAUGCUGCGAUGUUGUUCAUUUAGAUGCAAAUAAGGCAGAGGUACAAAUCAGGGCUUGUAAAGACAAUGAGUUAAUUGCUUGAAUCUUGAUCCAAAGUUCAGAAAAAAUUGAAGUUAAUUAUUUGUACCCAGUCCUCAAACCGGUACUCUCUAGUCUCUCCUAACCCAGGGGCGUAGCUCGCUUAACU